UCUCUCCCUCUGAUCAGUGGGUGAGAGAGGGGGGAGACAGCAGCACACAGCCGAGAACCCGGCGUGCGCCUCCGGUAAAAAACCGCCCCGCGUUCACACCUUCACGCGCCGUUACGCAUGCCUCUUGUCCUGCAUGUGGACGUCCAUCCUCACCCUGCUCUCUGUUUCUGCCCCUCCAGUCAUCCUCUGGUCGGACCAUCCUGUGCAUCACACCUGGAUCCUGACUCUGAAUGACGGGCGGAAGGUUUGACUUCGACGACGGUGGCACUUAUUGCGGGGGGUGGGAGGAUGGCAAAGCCCACGACGGCAUCUGCACCGGACCCAAGGGCCAGGGCGAGUAUGCCGGGUCCUGGUCGCACGGCUUCGAGAUAGUAGGGGUGUACACCUGGCCCAGCGGGAACACCUACCGGGGCUACUGGUCCCAGGGGAAGCGGCAUGGGCUCGGUGUGGAGAAUAAAGGCAGGUGGAUGUACCGCGGGGAGUGGAGUCAUGGGUUUAAGGGGCGAUACGGAAUCCGGCAGAGCCACAACACACCCGCGAGAUACGAUGGCACCUGGAGCAACGGGCUGCAGGACGGGUACGGGAUCGAGACCUACGGAGAUGGCGGUACCUAUCAGGGCCAGUGGAUGGGGGGGAUGCGACACGGUUACGGCGUGCGUCAGAGCGUCCCGUACGGCAUGGCGACUGUUAUCCGCUCUCCUCUGCGCACUUCCCUGGCCUCGCUGCGGUCCGAGCAGAGCAACGGAAACGUGCUGCAGGACCUCUCCUUGCCCGCCGAUACCCCUGCAGGAAGCCGCGGCGGCUUCGUGCUGAACUUCCACUCUGACAGCGAGGUCGUCACCGGGAAGAAGAAGGGCCUCUUCCGCCGAGGCUCGCUGUUCGGGAGCCUCCGGCAGCUCAGGAAGUCCGACUCUCGGACCUCCAUCUCUAGCAAGCGCAGCUCCGCACGCAGUGAUGCCGCCAUGAGCCGCAUCAGCUCCAGUGACGCCAACUCCACCAUCUCCAUCGGGGACGGAGAGCUGCCGGAUGAGGAUUUACCCCUGGAGGACCAUGUGGACGCCACCACCACCGAGACCUACAUGGGCGAGUGGAAGAACGACAAGCGCAACGGAUUUGGGGUUUCAGAGAGGUCCAACGGGAUGAAGUAUGAGGGGGAAUGGCUUAACAACAAGCGCCACGGGUACGGGUGCACGGUUUUCCCAGACGCCACCAAAGAAGAAGGGAAGUACAAAAAUAACGUGCUGGUGCGUGGAAUAAGGAAGCAGUUGAUUCCUCUUAAAAACCCCAAAACCAAAGAGAAGGUGGACCGGGCCGUGGAGGCGGCGCAGAGGGCGGCAGCCAUCGCCAGGAGUAAAGUGGAAAUAGCUGCAUCCAGGACGGCUCACGCCAGGACAAAGAGCGAGGCUGCAGAUCAGGCCGCCAUCUCUGCCGUGCACGACUCAGAAAUCGCCAGAGCCGUCGCCAGGGAGCUCGCCCCCAACUUCUACCAACCAGGACCUGACUACAUCAAACAGCCGCAGAAGGAGCCUGUGGAGAUUAAAGAGGUCCCUGUUGAAAAGACGGAGAAGCCCCACAAAAAUUCUCCCCACUUCUACCGCAAAGGCACGACUCCCCCCCACUCCCCAGUGGCCAGCCCCGUGGUCACGCCCCCCCCUUCGCCUCACUCCAGCAAGAAGAAGGCUCAGCAGCUCCCCAACAGCAGCAGCAGCCGCAAGACCAGCAAGGAGGAGAAACCCUCCCGCAAGACCAGCAAGGAGGAUAAGCCGAGCCACAAGACGAGCCGGGAGGAGCGGUCCGGCAGGAAGCUGAGUAAAGAGGAGAGGGGCCCCGUCGCUGAUGGGCCCAAAGGUGCUCACGCUGAGGCUCCCCCAAAACCUGCUAAAUCGCAGCAGCCCCCUGCAGCCUCUGCUCCUCCUCCUCCUCCUCCUGCACUCCCUGUUAACGGAGAAGUCCACAGCGAGUACCACAGCUACUACGUCAAGGCCCCCACGAGGGUCCGUCCCCCCCCAGACCCCGAGGAGGACCGAGAAGAAGAGCCAAGCAUCCUUGACCUGGCCCGCAUGCCUCCCCAGCCCCCCAAAUCCUACAGCGUCACUCCGAAGCCCCCUUCUCUACGGGAGAACAAAAGCGACCCCAAACUCAGGAAGCAGGAUUCCCUAAAGCCAAAGAGCCUCGCAGACGCAAAGAAAGCCAGCAUGGAGAUCGCAGACAGCAUGGAGGACACAGGUCCUAACUCGGUCCUUGUUGCUAUGGUUAUGCUGCUGAAUAUUGGCCUUGCAAUUAUAUUUGUCCAUUUUCUGACAUGAUGAUGCCGUUUCUCAGUGAAACCUUCGCGACCGGUACAGUUGCAUCGCCGGCCUUGAAAAAUGAAAAUGGCGCCAGUGAGACACGAGGGCGGCCGUAGGAGAAUCAGGAAGUGAAGGCCCCCACCACCACCACCCUGUCAGGGGCCUUUCUUCAGGGGCCCGCCCUGUCGAUUAGCACUCCUCUGGCGCCUCCGGCGGCUGAAAGUGGGGGGGGGAGGGAGGGAGGGGGAAUGUCGUGUCUAGUGAGAUAAAUAAAAAUAAAAAAAGUUUAAAAUGAUAACCACAGUCUGGGGAUCGGACCGCCGCAGGAGUGUGGAGAGGCACUUUGAGAUGACGGGAGCAAACAGCUGCCUUUCUAUUUUGCCAUCUGACGUUUUGAUGGGGAGAUGUGAGCCGGGGGUCUGGGCGGGUGGGGCAGGGGGAGUCGCAGCGGGAGGGGGUCAAGCGUUUUCUGGGGUUACACAACUCCUGCAACAGGAAACUGAAGCACGGCCUGCAGCAGUCAGAGCUCGCACGGUCACUCAGUCUUACUCUGUUCACCGCCAUGGAGGCCCGUCCACCGUUACCCAGGAUGCACUGCUCGUAAACUCUCCCCGUGCAUGGUACAGUUUUAACAUCUCGUUUGUUUUCUUUUUGUUCGUUGUUGUUCUCUGAAUGUUGCAAGUAGUUGAAAAGGGAGAAUUUCUCCUCCUCUCAUUUUGUUUUCCCCCUUUCACGUUUUAUUUUAAGUUGUAAUUUGACAUUACACAUUACUGAAAGUGCAAUAUGUUUUAUUUUUUCAAAGAAAAGCUUAUAGUAUAUUUUGCCAAAAAGAAAAAAGGGGGGGUUCUAAUAUAUAUCCUUAUUUUCCAUUUAUUUUCUCAGACUCUCACGAUUUAAAUUUUCUGGUUUUGAGCCGGCGUUGUGUUUUAGGAAGGAGGUUUAAAAAGUACCUAGCUCUGAGAGAGUAACAAAUGUCUUAUGUUAUUUAUUAAACCAGAAGGAAGGAAAACCUCAUUGCACGUCAAUGAAGCCGUUUGAGUUCCUCUGUUCUUUUCUUUUUGCUUUAAAUGUCUCCACUAAAAAUGCAAAGACGCUCGUGCAGCGGUCAGUCAGACUGGGUCAGGACGUGGGGUUUAUUCAGGUCGAGGCCAUGGGGAAUGUGGCGCCAGGGAGAGAUGCCUUUUAAAAGUCUUUAACAGAACUCCUGUUUACCUCAGAAAAAGAUGAGGAGGGGGGGGGGGGGUGAGAUGCCGUCCUUGUCUUAACUUUGUCGUCGUGCGGGGGAUAUUCGACUGUUGCCAUCACGCUUUAGAGCCUGUUUGAAGUCGUUGUUGCAGGUAUGGCAUGAGUUUCUUUGAUUUAAAAAGUGGUUAUUUAUAUGGUUGGCAUUUUCUGUCAUCACCACCGAGGUUCAUUAUUUAUUCAAUGUACAACUGAUGUGUUUGGUCAUCAUUAAAAAAGGGCUUUAUAUGGUUUUAUUUGCUGCACACAUUACAUAUUACAGCAAACUGUCCACACAUAUUACUCAGAAUGUGGACAUCAAAGACACUCAAUUAUUUAACAUUUUAUUACAAAAUGUGAUGCAUUUUUCACCCUCUUUUUGCCACGCCCUCUUUUCUUGUUUAACAGUCUUCACGCGAGCGCCGUGGAGCUUCGGGGGGUCUAACAGAACAGUUUAUGGGAUAUUUUUGGAAAUGCAGCAUUGCAUGUUGGAGUCAUUUAUAUAUAGAUUAUUAUAUACUAUUUGUAAGGAUUUUUACAGAGCACAAUCCAGAAACUGGUAUAUGAGUUGGUAUUUUUCUAACAAUUUGCACACCUGUAUUUUGACAAUGAAUAUAACUUGUUUGUAAUUGGUAAUGUAAUGCACAUAAUGUUUGACAGUGGAUAAAAAAAUACUUUCUAAUUGGUUGUACUGUAUGUACCAUUUUGGGGAUGUGAAAGGCAGAUGUAUUGUUUGAGUAUUUUCGGAAAUUACGAGGAACUGCGGGAGACUUUUGAUAUCUCAAGGUUCAUGUUACCCCACUGAUUUGUGCAAAGUCUUUGGAGAUGAAGUUACGUGUAUAACAAUAAAGAUGUUAUGCCUUGUUAAAA